GGUCAGCGGUCAAUUGGGUCGUAGGGGUGUAAUUAAUAAUAAUAAUAAUAAUAAUAAUAAUAAUAAUAGUAAUAAUAAUAAUAACAAUGCUGAGAAUGAUAUGACGAUAAAGCUAAGUGCAGGACUCGCGGGGCUCCGGAGGGCUUGCGUGGGCCAUGGCUACAAUGCACGCACGGCGUCAUUCUGCCCGACGCCAGUCCUGCGCUGGGAAGAAAACUCUUUGCAAGGCAACUGCUGCCCGGUCUUGGCUAGAGACCACAGGGUAUUGCGCGCCGAGCACACGUUCGAUGAUUCCUACACGGCGCGCUUCAAGCUGUUGGGAGUCGAUCCUCAGCUGCAGCUGGAUGUCCUAGCGGACGCAGCUCAUCAUGUGGAGGGCAGUUUGGGAGACUUUCUGCUGAACGCCGACGACCCUAGUACCGGUAGCAGCAGCAGCAGCUCGAAGGCUGACGUCAAAGCCACCCUUCUCUGCCAGGUCAUCGUCAAGAAGGAGCAAUUAAAUCCCGAGUACUCAAGAAAAGAUUCGGGGUCUAAUUCGCUCCGUCGGGUCAUUAAUCUCGAUCUCGCAGCGCUGGAAAGGGAGGGCACUACCCACUUCGUCAGUGCUAUCCUCUAUGGCGUAACCGUAGCGGCAUCUCUCAGCUGGAGUUGCAGCCAGAGGCUUAGCGAUGGCGGCGGCAGUGAUUUGCGAUCGACAAAUAUUCGUGACGAAGAAGCGGAGGCGAUGAAGGCGCGGUUACACGCUCGUCUCAUGGAGCUCGAAGAAUCCCUCAGCGUUGCUCCGCCGUCUCCUGAUGAAUCGGGCAAUAGCAUAUUAAGAUUGUGGCGAGAUUCUACCAAAGAGGAGGGAUUCAGAGUCCGAAUCUUCAGUGAUCUUACCAAUACUACCAGUGGUAAUAAUAUCUUGUCAGAUCAGGACGAGCAGGAGGGGUUCGAUAAGCUGGAGACUCUCCUGCAGUCCGCCUGGACGAUUCGCUGGCACAAUCUCGAUCUCGAUACCGAUCUCGGGGCACAGGUGCAGCCCGUGGCUGUCUUCUUAUCUCCGGUGAGGAGCUUGGUGCAUGCACGACGAGAAUGGUCUUCCGGUGGCAAGCCGCUCGCCGCUGUGGUGGUGCAGCGAGAGAUGGGGGAGGAGCUGUGGCGGGCGAUCCGCGACGUUCGUUCUAAGAGGGGGAGGCAUGAGGUCCUCGACGAGAUAGCAGACAAGUUCGGCAGAGAUGCGCGCGCGUUCGUGGAUCGCAUGUCGGCUUUCAUCAGGGAGAAAGAGACCCUUGCUAAAGAUCUCAAACGAUUGGGAAUAGAGUUAAUAUGCAGGGUGAACGAGGAGGACGAGCAGGAAGUGACGAUGGAAAUCGUGUCGAAGCACAAACAGGAUGCAGUGCACAUCCUUGUGCAUCGUCCGGCGGCAGCAGGCAGCUGCCAGAACCUGCAAGACAGAUCGUGGGACUCAAACCUCGAUCUCCUAAAGCGGCUGGCGAAGAGAUCAAAUUGCAGCAGCAGCGCCGGCAAAGAAAAAGAAGCAGAAGGAGAAGAAGGACAAGAAGAAGGAGAAGGAGAAGCAGAAGAAGGAGAAGGAGAAGAAGCAGAAGAAGCAGAAGAGGGAGGGGAAAGCAGCGGCAGUUUGAUCAGCUGCAUCGAGGAAAGAACACUUGGACACUCGUCACGCCGUCGCCUCGAGAUGCAGAAGGGUAAGGGUGAUGACGUGUCACUGCUGUCAGGCUCGUCGUCGAGCAGGAGCGAAAUGGGUAGGCACCUCUUCUUCUACGUUGUACAGGUUGGGAGCACUGCAGCAACUGCCGUCUAUCAGCAACAACCUGGUGAGCGGAGAUCGUCACGGCCGACAGGAGGCUGCUCCGGUCUCGUGUUGGAGAGUAGUGCUGCUGAUAAUAGACGAAGUAUUGGUGCCGGGGGGCCGAGCUCCGGGGGGCGUAGAGAUGCGUCUAAUUCAGGUGGUCCCCCCCACGGCGCAGGCGCCACAGGCACUACUGGGUGCCUUCUUUCUGCAGAGGCUGCGGGAGCUGUCAUACAGUUCUUCGAGGAGGGUAGGUUAAUCAUCCCUGAUGUGAUGGCGCAUGAGGAGAGAAUUGCUGAGCUGUGCUUGGUGCGAUUCCACGUCGGCAAGAUGGAGAAGGGGGUGGCUAUGACGAAUAGCGUGGGAGGGCCUAACAAGAGUGCAGCUCUUCGGAUUCGAUGCCCGGGCUCGGUCUAUGGCCGGUGUUCUUCCUCUGUGAGGGAUUGGCAUUGCGGUAGGUGUGCAGGUAAGGUGGAGUAUGGCUACGAUGGCUACGGGUAUUGCGACUGCGGGCGUGGUCGCAUCGACUCCUUGGAGUACCGCUGCCGCCAUAGCCUGCAUGGAGAGAAGUACCUCCGCUUUCGUCCCGAGGAUGAUCUCUCUUCCGAGCUAGACACGCUCAAGAAGAAGGAGGAGCUUAACAUUUUGCUCUUGGGGGAAACUGGGGUCGGUAAGUCCACCUUCAUCAACGCCUUCGCUAACUAUUUGACUCACGAUACUCUCGACGACGCCCUCGAGGAUCCCAUCACACUCAUCCCCUCCACCUUCACGGUCUGCAGAGAUGGGGAAUUCGACGAAUGCACCGUGAAGAUAGGCAAAGAGGAUCAGAACGAAGGGGGAGAAGGAGGGAAGUCGUCGACGCAAUCCUGCAAGGCGUACAAGUUUCACUACGGCGAUCGCAUGGUGCGUCUGAUAGACACGCCGGGGAUCGGAGACACUCGUGGAAUCGAACAGGACAAGAAGAACUUCGACAACAUUCUACAUUUCCUCGGGUAUCACACGCAGCUGCAUGGCAUCUGCAUCCUGCUGAAGCCGAACAACGCCAGGCUGACGGUGAUGUUCCGCUUCUGCAUCUUGGAGUUGCUGUCGCAUCUUCACAAGAGUGCCAAGGACAACAUAGCCUUCGUCUUCACCAACGCGCGCUCCACCUUUUAUCGCCCGGGCGACACCAUGCCGCCGCUGAGGACGAUGCUGAAGAAGAUCUGCGAGGCGCCGCCUUACGUGGACAUUCCCAUCAGCAAGAGCACCAUCUUCUGCCUGGACAACGAGUCCUUCCGCUUCAUGGCCGCCCUGAAACAAGGGCUGGAGUUCGAAAAGGAUCAGAGGGCCGACUUUUCGCAGAGCUGGACUGUGUCUGUUAACGAGUGCCGGAGGCUGAUGGAUUACGUGGCCACACGUGCUCCGCACAAAGUACAGGACACGGUUUCUGUGAACGAGGCACGCAGACUCAUCCUUCGGCUAUCGAAGCCUCUUGGAGACACUACACGGAACAUUCAGCUGAAUCUUAAGAUCAUGAACGAGAAGAUGAAGGACAUCGAUUUCUCGGCCAAGCACAUCUCCGAUCUGAAAAAGCAGCUGAUGGUUCCUGCAGUAGAUCUGGAGUACGUGGCCCUGACGCAGCCUCACACGGUGUGCACUUCUCCCAGGUGUCGCGACACCGUGGUGUCCUGCAAUCAGACCAAAUACGACUACAAGACCAGAUGCCACCGCCCCUGCUACUUGGAGAAUGUGGAGGUCAACAUAGUGAAUAACACGGACUUGAAGAACUGCGGAGCCAUGGAUCCGACGGGGACAUGCAGGCACUGCGGCUGCAAUUGGGACGCGCACAUGCAUGUGCUGACGGAGACGCGACACGUGACCAUAAACAUCCAGGACAAGGGGGUGGCUGAGCAGAUCAAGACGAAGGAGCAGGCGAAAGAGGCGUUGCUGCGGACUGUGGAGAUCAUGAAACGGCGAGCUGCCCAGCUGCAGGAGGAGGAAAGGGUGAUAUCCAAGACCAGCGCGAAGUUUGCACGCUUUUUGAAGUGCAAUGCCAUCACCGCGUACAACGAUGCUCUUCUCGACUACCUCAAUCAUUUGAUAGAGGAGGAGAGAAAUCUGAAGCUCGAAGGGGCAAACAAUGCGGAGAUCCUCAACGGGCUCGUCCGGAUGCGGGACACAUACGAGUGCGAGAUGAAGAUCAUCAACGAGACGGGUGCAGAUGCCGACUCCUCCUCCGCUUCACCAGCCUCUUCCGGGUUGGCUGCCUCUUCCGCCUCACCGGAAGACAUCCAGCAGAUGGUGCAGAAUCUCUUCCAGCUAGAAAUCAAUGGGAAGAUGAUUAAACAGAUGAUGGAGGAGAUGAACAGAGCCGUGCAGGCCUCACACUUCACGUACUCGGAGACCACGGUCAGGACUCCGAAGCGAUUUCCAUUCUUUUCUUCAGCAGCGACUUCUACUCAGCAGCAACGGGGUGGCACUACUAAGUACUCCUUCGGGCAAAGUGGAAGAAUCCAUGGCCAGCAGCAGCAGCAGCAGCAGCAGCAGCAGUACCACCACUACCAAGGCCUUCUUCGUGGCCAGCAGCUGGAGGUGGCGCCAGCAAUCGCUCACGGGCUUUUGUCAGAUCUGGAUUUUCGACAAGCUCAGCUGAUGAAUAGGCAUGAUCCUGCCCAAGCAAGGAGGGGAGGUCCUCCUGGACGAGUUUCGGCAUCUGAAUUUGGCUUCCCCCCGUCCUCAUCACAUGAUGCACAUCUGUAUGAUCAUCAUUUGCUUGCCUUUGGUGAUGGCAGCAGGUCUGAUAAUGAUAAUGGCAUGGCCAUCUGUAGCCGCAACGGUUACGCCGUUGGGGGGGAUGCAGCAGGAAACGGCAAUGGUUACGGCUGGAGCCGUGCAGCAAUGGAUGCAGCGGUAAGGGUUGACGGGAUCUCGGCAAGCCUUGACGGGAUCCCGCCGUCCGGAGGUCUCGACUCGCUGCAGUCGUUCAAGAUGACCGCAUACGACGAUGGUCGCCCGUACCCAAGGACCGGUGGGGGCGGUGAUUGCAGAGAAGGCUACCCCGAAGAUGGUUGUAGCGGCGGCCACGAGAAGGCUCCUCAGGAGAAACGAAACGGGAUCCUGAGGUCGGUGGCGAAAGCCGUGGUCUCCUGGUUGUUGUGACAUCAUGGUAAAGGAAAGGAGAAAGGAGUGGUGGGCUGGGCGAACGCGCAGAUCAUAUUAUCAUAAUGCAUGCAUUGGGUUAUUUGGGAAUUUUUGGGCCAUUUUUUGGGGGUCCACAUGCAUGUGAAAGGGGGGGCAUGAUCAUGCCUUACGCCCGUGGGCUCGCGUGGGAAGAUGGCAUGGUAUAAUGGUAGGCCUCGAUGGAUGGAGAGGGUAGGACGAACUGCAGGGGGACGUUAGGGGUCGCUGGAAAGGGGAGGAUGAACUGCGGGGGGAGCGUUUUUACGGGAGGGAUAACAUAGUAUCUUCUUCAGGGGAGUAAAAAAAAAAAAAAAAAAAAACUUCUCCCGGGGAGUGAUAUGACGGCGAGGUACUUAAUCAAUGUUAUUUUGGUAG